AACUCAUAAAGCAUGUCGAGUACGUCUCCGUGGGAGAAUCCAACAGAAAAAUCCCCAUUUAUUUCCUCUACAAGGAAGAUAAGGGAGCACGAUUCUGACGAGAAGCCCCAGAAGUGGAAAGUUACAGGAAAAGCUUGGAAUGGAUUCACACAGAAGGGGGCUCACAAUUUCAGUGAUUUUGCUCGGGACAGCACUAUGUACCGUAAUGUUGGCAUAUUUUGUAUUUGGCGACAGCAAUGAUGCCGAAGGAUUGCGUACACUGCGAAUGAUUGCUAUUCUCUUCAGACAUGGAGAUCGUUCACCCACACAACUCUACCCCAAUGAUCCACAUCUCAAUCAUCCAUGGCCAGGUGGACUUGGAGCACUAUCGGAGAAAGGAUCUCUGCAGAUGUACAAUUUGGGAAAGAACUUGCAUAUGCGGUACUAUCGUUUGCUGCCGCCAAAUGGUCUCUACUCACAACACGACAUGUACAUCGGGAGUAGUGCUGCGGAGCGAUGUAUAAUGAGUGCUCAGAGCUUCAUGGCGGGCUUUAUGCCACCACUUGAAAGCCGAAAUCCCCUUCCCAUACCCUGGCAACCCGUUGCAAUUCAUGCACCACCACGACUUCAAGACUACUUGUAUGCACAGAAGAAACCAUGCCCAAAGUAUGAGGAUAUGCUGAAGAAACUCUACGUAAAUCCCCCACCUGAUGUGGUGGAGAUGAAUCAGAAGAAUGCUGAAUUGUAUCGAAGAUUAUCCAAAGAAACUGGCUUAAAUAUGUCAACUAUCCUCGAUAUGGAAUUACUUUACAAUACAUUGGCAAUCGAGAAGGAUGUUGGGUUAACACUUCCCGACUGGGCGGAGGGUGUCUUCCCGGAAAAAAUGCAACCACUCUACGAACGGAGUUACACCCUCUUCACGGAGACACCAUUCAUGAAGAAGAUUAAGGGGGGCGUCAUUGUAACGGACAUACAUGAUAAUAUGGUGAAAAAGCUCAAUGGACUGCAGAAUCGUUCAAUCUUUGUGUAUUCUGUCCACGAUGUGACUCUUGUGAAUUUCAUGAGGGCCAUUGGGGUUAUCGAAGAGACCGCUAAGGUACCCGAAUAUGCUGCAACAAUUGUGGUUGAACUCCAUCACAGUGUUAUCUAUGAGGAUGAUUUCGAAGUUAAGAUUGUCUACUACUUCAACAGCGAGGAUAAAUUCCCGAAAGAGCUAUCGAUUCCCAAUUGCGAAUCCCCGUGCUCCUUAACAGCUUUCAGCAAAUCCGUAGACAACCUAAUUGUGCGGAAUUACGAUGAGGCAUGUCAGCUCUUCUAACUACAUACUCAUGCAAAGGGUUAAUAAAUCACCAAGAGAUGGAACAAGGAGAGCGUGUGGGAAGGACACACAUAAGCAUCACCAGUAAUAUGAUUAAUGAAUGUUUAAUAAAUCAUUUAUUGUGGGUGCAUCAAAAUCUGUGACAUCAAAUUCCGGCAUCAAAACUCUUUUUUUUUGCUCGUCCUUUAGUUCUGCUGAAAUCCACUCAUCAACGACAUUGCAGAAAUUCCUGACUUUUCUUUUUUUUUUUUAUUAAAGUCAGGAAUUAUUAAUUUUUUGAGCCGGAAAGAAAAUCAAUAAAAAGGAUUUUUUGUUCUUAAGAAA